AUGAAUUCUAACGGUCCAGCUCAGACCUUUGAGACGCCCUUCAACAUCUCCGACUACGUUGACUUCGACUUUGACGUCGAGGCCAUCCGACAGAGCGUCGAUGUUUCUUCAGAGACUUCAGUGGUCGAGCCUCUUCAGAGACUGAGUAUUUGCGACCCUUACGCUAGUAUUAUUGACGCGGUUGAUGCAGACUUCGCUGGCAUUUUUCAGCUCCCCGACGGCAGCAAUGCAUUGGAUGCUGGCUUCAAUGCCACUCAAGCAGCUUCAGAAGACGACGGCGUACUUAACGCUCUCCAGGCUCCAACCACAGGUCCCAUUUCGGCCGUUGGCUUUCCUACUCAGUCAGGCCCAUGGAAGUCCAGAACUAUUGCCGCAUUCGACAAUCCCAUCGAAACCAAUGCUGCGUUUGGUGAUUCUACUGCCCUGAACCCUGCCACAGAACAUUUGGGCAUGACUGACGCUUUCCAGACAACGAUUGAGACGCAUUCUCCGCUCGACGGCUCUACUGUCUUCGAAUCGACCGCGUUCAAUCCUACUGUUGACCCGGCUACUCUAGAGAUACCAUGCCAUCCUUCAAGUCCGGUAUCAUUCCCCAUGCAGGAGAAAGCUAAUGAGCGGUCGACUGCUGCGCCAGAGGUUGUGCAAAAGCCAUCAAGGAGGGUAAUUUCUGCCCCAGAAACUCAGCGGGAACCUUCAAGGUGGGUUCCGGCUUCUCCACGGCUUCAAGAACAUCUCAAUAAAACGUACGCCUCACAAAUUCUCCAAAUAUGUACCCAGCCAAACGUACCACCCAUGCUUUACUUUCCUAUGCAGCAACAGGUUGGCCCUCUGCCUAGCGAUCCAUAUUCGCAGCGCAGUAUUCCUACUCAGUAUGGUUACUCGCAGGUGUCGCAACCAAGUAUGGAGAUUUCUUCGAUUGAGCCAUCUUUAGUUAUGGCGCGAAACAAUGGUUUGUCUCCUCCGCAACAAUUGUCGAACGGAGUGUAUCGCCCAAUCCCUCCAAUUACUGACCAAGAUGCGCCAAAUGCUGAAGAUUUGGCAUUGACUCCGACCAAGAAGCGUGCCCUCGAUGCCAACGAACAUGAUUCCGAGUCAGCCCCAAAGCGAGCCAAAACUGCUGAGGUCGAACCAUUGUCCACCGUUGCGAUGGAUGAUGGUUCCGAUGAUGACGACGAGCCAGUGAGAAAGCGAACGCGGACCGCUCGGCGAAACCCAUUCUCGACCGUUGCAAAGGAUGACGAGUCUGAGGGUGAAUGGGAUGACAAGUCUGAGAUCGAUCCUGAUGACGAACCGGACGAAGAGUCUGAGGAUGAUCCUAACGAUGAGACUUACGAUAGCGAUUCUUCAGGUCUCUCAUCAGCCCCUCCAUCUCCAAUCCUGCGUCCCACUGCUGGCGCGCAAAAAUGCCCCUCCACACUUCUACCGCACCAUUCAGUCCUCAAGGAGAAUUCCCAAUGGCACUAUGAACAGGAGCAGGAGUCUAGACCUCGCGAACAGCAGAGAAAGCAAUGGGUCCGUCGGCACGCAAACAGCCCCGGUGCUACGGGCAAGGCUCCCAACCGAAAGAUGCAGACCUUGCUGAAAGAGAUUGAAGAUACCGAGGGAUUCGCAGAAGCGCAAGGUUACGAGGUUAGACAGAGCGUGGAACGGGUCUCCUUGCCUAGAAGACCAGUCCGAAAAGGGGCAAGGAAGAGUUAUGUUGGACAAGAGUAG